UUGAAAAGAAAAAAAAAAAAUGGAAAAAUUGAUGUCUGACGAAAACUGUCAUUCAGUAUCGAAUAUUCAAGGAAACCUUAUCAACGAGCCCGACUUUCGUCGGCUGUACAGUCUCUCACUGUCCCAGAUCAGAAAACACGCUGAAUUCGGAGAAUAUAAUUACAAACCAUCGCCCUUUAAUAUUCGCUGGAUCCACGGAUAUAACGCAAAAGUAGGUGUAAUCAAUCUCAAUAAUCAGGGCUCUACCGUUGCCUUCUAUGCAGCCGGUAAUUGUGGCGUCCUGUACAACUGGACAAGUAACAGUAUGAUGAUCCUUCAGGGACAUAAACACGUGGUAACGGCUUUAUCGUCAGAUAGCGCCGGCAAGUGGCUGGUUACCGCAGAUUCAGGACCCGAAAACGUGAUUAUAAUUUGGGAUAGCAGCGAUUACUUUCCUCAAAAGACAAUCUUCAAUCCUCACAGAAACGUGAAGUUGGCUAAAUUAUCUAUGAGCGCUGAUGCCAAAUACCUUUUAACCCUUGGAUACCAUGAAAAAGCUAAUAUAAGCUGGUGGAUUUGGUCAUUUGGGCUCGAUGUUCCUCACGCAUCCUUGGAAAUAGAUAUUCCUCGUGGCGGAGUCGUUGAUAUGCAAUUUAAUCCUCAUCGAUCUGAACAGUUCUUAUUGAUGACGAAGCAUAACAUUUGGAUUGGUGUUUCUGCUAAAGUAUUCGUUAAUGAAAGAGGAGUAUUAAAAGAAACUGACGACCAUGAACUGAAGAUAAGGCCUGUGGAGCACAAAAGUAAUCCUGAAAACGGUCGGUUCAGUUGUUUCACGUUCGUCAAAGAAACGUCCCAAAUACUUGUCGCUACCAGUCGGGGUUCUGUCCUCGUGUUUGGGUACACUAUAGAAUACAAAGAAAACACGGAUGACACAAAUUAUGAGCACUUGAAGUUCAUUAAGGUUUUAAAGGUUCAAGAAAGGAGGAUUCAUGUCAUUAAAAAUGUUGAUGGAGUAAUCGUUACUGGGAACAGCAUCGGAGAGAUCCACUUCUACGACUGUCAGAUGAAGCUGUUGUACUGGGUGCACGGUUUUACGGUGGACAGCGUCAAAGGGCUUAGUUUCAACAUUUCACCGAGAAGUUAUGAAAUAUUUGACCCAAAAUGUAAGAAACUUUGUCCUUGUUGGGAGAAGGUAGUGACAGAAGUGGAUUCAGAGCCGGGUCAGCCGCGACAGAAAUUCCUAAAAAAAGAAAUUCCAUCUGACGCUACCACCGCGGGAAAACCUUUUCUCAUACGAGAUUUCAUUUUAUGUACGAAUAAUCAAGGAGUAGGCUUUGUGGAUUUCGUAACGGAGAAAUUAGUUACAAUAAUAGAUAACAAGAUAUCGCAUGCCUUGUCAAUAACGGUGCACCCUGAAAAAUCAUAUAUUUGUAUCGGCUACACUGAUGGCAUCAUCGAGCUGUUUAACUAUGUACAGCACAAGCUGUUCGUGAGGAUUGAUUUAAGAGAACACUACAAAAUAGUUAUUCCGCCCAGAGACGACUCCAUAAAAGAAAACAUUGAGAUAACAAGGCCACAAAUAAGUGUUACGUGCUUAAAAUAUUCUCCGUCAGGCUUUCACUUAGCGUGUGGCUUGGAUACGGGCGAGCUCAUCUUUCUCCAUCCCACGAUACUGAAUAUUCUAACUCAAACACCGCACAAGGACACCAACCAUGCUAUAUGCCAUAUAGAAUUUAGCUGUGAUUCUUUAACAUUGGCCAUUGCUGAUAAGGGCAGAACCGUUUGUGUCUACAAAUACGAUUGUACGAUUUUUACGUGGAAUUUUAUCGGAAAACAUAGAGCACACUAUAAAGAUAUUACAGCAGUAUUUUUCUUGCCAACGAAGAAUGAUAAUGGGGAAUACAAGCUUUUGUCUCUCGGCGCUGAUAGAAUUAUGGUGGAAUACGACAUUGGGGAGAGUUCUGAUGAUUAUUUGGAAAUUCUAAGUUUAGAUAGAAUCGAACAAAGUGCUGUACCACUGUGUGGAAUCCCUUGGCCAAAUUCUCCGGAUGUCGACCCAGAAUUACAAAGAACUGAUUUGCCGAUGAUUCUUAUUGCUAAUGACGAAUUCAAAUACAAAAUAAUCAACUACGCAACUACUAUGACGUUAUCAACGAUAUUGGGUCCUCGGUACGAGCAUCCCGUGUGUCGCAUGCAAUUGAUAAGAAGUACGAAAGACGGCGUUCAGACUCAGUACCUAUUGUUUGCGACGAAAGAUGUGAUAGGGUUGCAGAAAAUGCCUAUUGACGGGAACCCUUGGAAGCAUGUUGCUUUACUUGGACAUCCAAUACAGAUAAUUGACAUGUGCUUUCGCGAAGAUAAUGGUACAUUAUUUACUAUAGGAGCAAAAGACAGUUGUAUGUACCAAUGGGCCGCCAACUACAGAUCAGUGGAAACCUCAACGAAACGAGGAGGAGGUGAUUUAGACCCAUACUACUGUCUGAUCGAGGAAGGCCGCCCUGGCUGGCUGUUCCGCGAGAUCAGGGACCUGUUCUACUACAUUCAGAUUCUAUGUCAGGGCACAUUCUCGCCUGCCAUGAGACGUGUGAAAGACUACAUACCGAUCGAGUCUUUGCCUGAUUUGAUGCGGGCUUUGGGAUACUUUCCUUCGGAGUAUGAGGUGGAAAACAUAAUAGUUGAAGCAAAAUACAAAGUGUAUAACCGAGUGCCGUGCACUGAAAUAGACUUUGAAGAAUUCGUCAAGCUGUAUCUGAACCAUCGACCAGCUUUUGGAGAUAAUUUCAAAAAGAUCAGAAACGCUUUCCGCCACUUUGCUAUAAUGGACGAGACUCAUCUCAGUAUAAAUCGGGAAGACUUUAUUGACAUACUCAGUAAUAAUGGUGAAUGCUUUCCUCGGGAACUAUCUUGGUACUUACUUUCGAUCUUAAAUGGUCACACCUUUGAAGAUCGAGCCGUGAUGCAAGAAAACGACUUCUCAUUUUUACCAGAGGUUUUAACCUUCGAAGAAUUGGCGACUAAUAUAAUGGGCUUACAUGAUCUAGAAACCUACGCUGAUGUCUAUUCCGUCAAAGACUCAAUAGGUUCGCAGCAGACCGUAACGUCAGAGUCCGAAGAUGUAGUUAACACGAGUUUUAUUUAAAAUAUAAAUUGUAAAAAAUUUA